CGCACUGCAAACCAGCCUGCUUACUCAGCAUUGACCGCAUUUGCACUGUUUGUUUGCCGUCAACGUUGCCUCUUGCCAACGUUUAUAUAAACAACAUCAACUCCUAGGUUGUCUGGCCUCUGCCGGAGAGUAACAAGGAGGACACACAGGCCUGAUGGCUCGAGAAUCGUUCCAGAUCUCGCAGCUGGCAGUCCCUGCGGUCUCCGUUCUGAUCAGCUUCCUCGCCUACACAUCGCAGUACCUCUUCCUGCACUUUGAAGAUGCACCGCUGACCAACGACGAAGUGUGGGGGAUCAAUUGUUUUGCCCUGUGCAUCUGGAUCUGCUAUUACCGGGCGUGCACCGUUGAUCCGGGACGUCUUCCACAGGACUGGGAACCGCCCCAGACGAACAACGGCUCCACAUCCGACGCCCAGGGUUCACAGGCCGAGGCCUCUGGACGGCAGCGGUGGUGUCGGAAAUGUGAGGCGUUCAAGCCCCCUCGGGCUCACCAUUGCAAGACAUGCCAGCGAUGUAUCCCCAAGAUGGAUCACCACUGCCCCUGGACGUCGAAUUGUGUGUCUCACUUUACUUUCCCACAUUUCAUCCGCUUUCUGUUCUUUGCGGUGGUGGGAAUGGGAUAUCUGGAGACUCGGCUCUUCUUGAGAGGGUCUAUUCUAUGGGCUAACCGGAACUUACCGAGCUACCUUGGCCCCAGCGUGUUUCAGAUGUUCCACCUUUUCCUGUUGAUUGUGGUGAACAGUCUAACAGUCUUUACGCUUUCCAUACUGCUUUUCCGCAGUCUAUGGUCUCUGGGUGCCAACGAGACGACGAUUGAGACAUGGGAGAUCGAACGGCACAAGACUCUCGUUCGACGGGCUAAAUACCUGGGUGGCUAUCUUGACGGGCCGGGAGGGGUCAAAAUUCAGAUUAAGAAGCAGGAGUUCCCGUACGACAUUGGGAUUUGGUCGAAUAUAAAGGCUGGAAUGGGGGGUAGUUUGAACAUUUUCAGUUGGUUCUGGCCGUUGGCUGCAACUCAAAGCCGAAAAAGUGGCUGGGAUUUUCCAGUCAACGGGUUCGAAGACUCUGAUCUGUCAUGGCCCCCGCCUGACCCCGACCGUAUCCCCCGUCCGCUGAGACAGAUGGGAAACGAGCCCUUUACAGUCCCCCAGCAGUACAGCUCUGCUCGGGAGGAGAUCCAAGCCUUCAAUCGCCGUCAGGCAGAGGACAUGGUCCGCGUGCAGCGCCGGAAGCGGUUUCACGAUCGGUUUGGACAAGAUGGGUACGACGAGCCCGCGUCCACGGAUGAGGAUAAUUCCGGUGCGGAGAGCAGCGAGCCGGACGAAGGGGAGGAGAGCUGGAAGAACUCCGAGGGCGAACGGCUGCGUGAUUUUGGGGUCGACGAGGCCAUCGAGUUCUACGACGAGGAGGACAUUCCCCUGGGGGUUCUCAUGAGGAGGCGUAGACAUUCAUAAUUGAUAAUCAACCAUAUGUAUAGAUAUAUAGAUUGAUG